AUGCUGCGCUCGACAGCCUCGAUCGUCCGCGCCGUCCACCCCGCGACCGGUCGCGCCUCGUCCCUCGUCCCCCUCGCUCGCGCCCUCCCCUUCCCCUCAUCUGCCGCACCGCGCACCCUCGCCCGCCUCGGCACCGCCACGAGCACCGCCGCCCUCCGCUUCGCCAGCUCGAGCAGCACCGAGUCGACCAACCUGCGCGCCUCGGCCGGCUCGGGCCGCGGCGGCCGCGCCGACAAGGACCAGGCCAACGCGGCCAAGCUGGAGCGGGAACGCCUGCGCAAGGAGCGCGCAAAGGACCGCGCCCAGAAGGCCAAGGACAAGGCCCUGCGCGACAAGGAGCGCGCAAAGGACAAGCGCGACAAGGAGCGCGCAAAGGCCGCCGCCGACAAGCUCAAGGAGAAGGAGCGCAAGCUCAAGCUCAAGGAGAAGAAGGCGUCGGCCGUCAAGGUCAAGAAGCCUCGCACCACCUCGGCCUUGCACCCGCCCAAGGCGCCCCAGAACGCCUGGGGCAUCUUCCUCACCGACUUUAUCGCCGACAAGAAGCGCUCGCUCGCCGACGGCGAGAAGCUCGCGUCCGUCUCGCUCCUCGUCAAGGACGCGACGCCCCUGUACCAGGCCCUGUCGUCCGAGGACAAGGCGGCCCUGCACGAGCGCAGCGAGGAGCAGCGCCGCGCCUACCCGGACAUCCUCGCCGCCUGGAAGGCGACCCUCACGCCCGACAUGAUCAAGGAGGAGAACGCCGUCCGCACUCGCCGCCGCAAGCUCGGCCUGAGCCGCAAGGCCAACCUGCGCGUCGAGGGUCAGCCCAAGAAGGCCGUCACCGCCUUCCUUCGCUUUGCGACGGACGUUCGGGCACGAGGCGUCGACUCGGACGUGCUCCAGGGCGAGACGAGCAUCCUCGAGCAGAGCAAGCUCAUCGCCCAGGCGUGGCGCGCCCUGACCGACAAUGAGAAGAAGACCUACGUCGACGCGUACACGGCCGAUAAGGAGCGCUACCUGCGCGAGAAGGCGGCCUUUGACGCCGAGCAGGCCAAGAAGGUCGACUCGCCGUCGGCGUGAGCUUGCGCACCUUCCUCCUCCCCUUCGUCCUCCUCCUGCACACGCACCCUCGCCCGUCCGACCUCGCCCUUUCUCUCACGCCUCAUUCUCUGUGUCACCACAUACAUACCCCUUGUGCUACCUACCCCCUUCACCGUGCAAGUUGCCGUCCUGUCGUCGCGCACCUGGAAUUUCACUCGUCGUCCACCACC